AUGCCUACUAAGCGUGCUCAGGGUGAAAUUCGCCGUAGGUCUGGGUGUUUACAAUGUAAAGCCAAGCAUGUUCGCUGUACCGAAGAGCUGCCGAUAUGUCGCCGAUGUGAACGACUGGGUCUGCACUGCGAACGUGGAUUACAGCUCUUAUUUCAGGAGGAUGCGGUUCAGCGAGGAAUUAGUUUUGGUCGGAAAGGCACCCGGUCGAAACAACCGGACAGUGCUAGAGAUCGUGCGGUACUCAAGUACAACGACGUGUUCUAUGGCGUUCCCUUGAACGCGUACACGGGACGGUGGAUAUUUCUCAACUCCACCAGCAGCGACUUCAUGGAGAGCAGUAGCGAUGGUGAUGAGAUGGACACAGAUGGCAUUGAACCAGACCUGUUAUCUGUGUUUGUACAGUUUCCAGAUACUAUACCACUGGAUAAAGGCCUGGGCCACCCACUCGCUACAUAUUCGCACCUCGAGAGCUAUCUCAUCGACUAUUUCAUCCACGGUAUUGGGCCAAAUUGCUCGCUCAGCCCGAUCGAGAAUCCCUAUAUCACACUUAUCACACCCCUGGCGCUCUCUCAUAAGACUCUCCGCGAUGCUCUGAUAUCGGCGGCGGGAAACCAGCUUCGCCUGCUUGGGGACACUCGCUUCUCCAAAGAAGCGCUGAUCUACAAAGAAAGAGCGUUAAAGGGGCUGCAGCAGGAAAUCGAGCUGGGAAGUAUAAGUGAUGGUGCAAUAGCCACGGUUCUGAUGUUAUGCUUUCACGAUAUUUCCGAUGAAUGCGCCCCAUCCUGGGUAACGCAUCUCCAGGGAGGCCUUGAUCUCCUUUAUCGGUUUCCUUGUACACCCACCGCGAACUACUCAUUGCGUCGAUUUUUUAACAUGUAUUUCGUGGCUCAUGCGAUCAUGAGUCGUACAGCAACGCCGCAAGUCUGUCACGGAAAUGGUAUGUUUAGUUGGGCGGAUAACGACAACCUUGACGAGAUUGACACGAUUAUGGGCUGUUCACGGCGACUAAUGCUAUUAAUCAAUGAGAUAUCUGAACUGCCUGUUGACACUUGCACGACACCCUCAUCGACUACCUCAUCAGACGAUGAAUCCGUGGACAUCCACCUUUCAGAAGCAGCCCGCAUCGCCACUGCCCUGACGAAUAUCCAGCAGUUCCUCCCACAGCACUCGAGCGAUCGAGAUGAUCUUGCUCGAAUAGCCGAGACCAAGCGGCUAGCCGCUAUAAUUUACCUGUUCAACCGAAUAGAUGGCACUACGUAUUACACAGACGUCAUGACCGAAACGAAAGCAGACAAGAACACGUUCAUAAACGCCUUGAUCAACGUCAUGACCCACCUCCCUGACAGGGCAACGCUUCUAUGGCCAUUAUACAUCCUGGGACACGCAUCGCUGGAAGAUGAAGACCAUCGCCGUUUCGUUCUGGAUCGACUAGAGCGGAUGCAACGCACUCGGAAUCUGGGCAGUGUCCGACGGGCUAGAAUGGCCGUCAAGCAUGCUUUCAGGGUUGUUGAUAUGCGUACAACUGCGAAGAUGAGGGCUAGCAAGUUUGGAUACAUCAGUUUAGCUUGA